CGGAACGCCUGUCAGUUGCUGGGUGCGUCACUUCGACACACACACACACACAUUAGGCCUACAGCACGACAAGGCGACAUAAUUUUCAGGACAGAGAAUAGGCAAUACGCGGAUACUGGUAGCAUUCAGAUGGCAGCGUGGUGAUUUACUUCGGCGAAGACAGGACGACACACCUGUCACACGGUUUCUUAGCGUAAGCGAUUCAGCUUUCAAUUUGAAUGACGCAAAUUGUAGCCUAUAAUUUAAAAUUAGCCGCGGUCGCCCGAGUCCCACACGAGUGAAAGAGUAGCCUGUAAGUGUUUACAGCCUUUUGUUUCAGUGCCAUGAAUUACGCAGGUAUUUGCAUUACUCUGCUGCUGACACUAAGUGUGUCCUUGACUGUCAUGAUACACAACAAAAGAAAGCAGGAGACUUAUCUGGCCAAACAGACCAACUUUGAGGAAAUCAAGACAACAGUGACCAGAGAUAUCUUAGCUGAAAACCUGGAGGCGGUGACCAAAGCAGAAAGCCAGCUUGGUGAAAUGAAGAAAGAACUAGUGGAGCAGAGAGAAAAACGUAUGACCCUGCAGACCGAGGCAAAUCAUCUAGAUGAAGAGAAAGAACAGUGCUAUGAAGAGGCGAAGCAAGCAGCUGAUACACUCGGUGCACUAGAGGCUGAAAAAGGCAUCGCAAGCAAGCAGUUUGAGAAAGAGAAAGAGGAAUGGUCCAAAACCAUAGCCUCUUUAAAAGAAGAGGCUAGCCAGAGGAGUAAAGUCUGCGGUUACAUUAUGAAGACCUCUGAAGAUGGAAGGAAACUCUGUGGGAUACCAGCUGAGGCAGCAGCUGAACCAAAGCAAGAGGAACCAAAAGCUGGUGACACAGAGAAGGCAGCAGCUGAACCAAAGCAAGAGGAACCAAAAGCUGGCGACACAUAGAAGGCAGCCCCAGAAGCACCCAAGUGAAGAUGAGUGAAGAGCAGAGACAGGACAAUGAAACAUGGGACAAGCUGAUUCUGAAGCUAAUGAUAAUGGAUUUAACAAUGUACAGACUUGAAUGUAAUAGACUUGAAGAGGACUUCUUCGAAUAUGAAA